GCUCUCUCUGUCGCCUGCAGCUAUCACCAUAUCACGUAUCACCUUUGCUCCAAGUGCUCCAGGUUCUGCAAGGUUCUCCGGGAAAGAUGCGAAAGUUCCUCUAAGAACGUCCUUGGUCGGCAGGUAGGAACGCACGUGAAAAUGUCCGUGCGAUAAUUAUAGAAAGCACGUAGCGCCAGAUUCUAACGUGAUUCCUUCGAAAAAUCGCCCCCUUCGACUGGUAUGUUUACUGGCGAUCGACCGCAUAGGUUAGCAAAAUGAAGAACCUCAUUGGUAUUUUGAAAAUACUCUUCCUGAAUCACGCGCGCGGGCUAUCCUACACCGUGACGAUCACUCUCUUACUAUGCUACUGUCUUCAUCCGGCGCGAUUCGCUUCUCACUACACCUUCAUCAAGACUGAGAAUAUCUACGAUGAGAUGGAGAAAUCAUACCCGCCAAGGGACAAUUCCUGCGUGAUCUCUAUCAGCGGUAGACGGUCCUCUCAACUACUCUACCCGGAGGAGCAUCCUAGGGAGGACCCGGUGGCGAUGGCACGUCGACUCGGUAUCCUACCGGGUGGUCAGUGGAAACCUCUCAAUUGCCAUCCUCUCUUUAACGUGGCCAUUAUUCUACCCUACCGCAAUCGGCAGAGUCAACUCGCCAUAUUCAUGAAUUACAUACAUCCUUUCCUGCAGUCGCAGAACCUGGAUUACCGGAUAUUCGUGAUCGAGCAGAGUCCAAUGCGCGAGUUCAAUCGCGCCAAGCUCUUUAACGUCGGCUACGCCGAGGCCACUAAGAUCAAUGAUUUUCAUUGUUUUAUUUUCCAAGACAUAGACUUGAUACCGCAGAAUCCUGACAAUAUCUAUGCAUGCACCAAAAUGCCUAGGCACAUGAGCUCUAGUGUAAAUACUUUUCGAUAUAAUCUACCCUAUACUGGCCUGUUUGGAGGAGCAAUAGCAUUGACAAGAAAACAAUUUGAAAGAGUAAAUGGAUUUUCCAAUGUUUUCUAUGGCUGGGGUGGAGAAGACGAUGAUUUCUACAGUCGUUUACAGUCCAGAGGUUUUCAGAUCACACGUUUUGGACCUAAUGUAGCACAGUACUAUAUGCUGACACAUAAGAAGGAACCUCCCAGUACUACAAGAUUCGUAAAUUUGGAAAAUGGCGCUCGUAGAUAUGAUACCGAUGGACUUAGCAAUUUGGAAUACAGAGUAUUAAAUCAUCAAUUACGACCGUUAUAUUCUUGGAUUUUAGCUGACGUAUAAUUUACAAGUUUUUUAUCUAGUAUUAGCAAAUAUCUUUUUUAAAUUGACGUUGAUCAUGUAAGUUAUUAUAUAGCACAUUACAUAUUUUCUAGAAGUUUUGAAAAAUUUUAUCUUACACAAAAUAUAUUAGAAAUUCAACGAACAAAUAUCAUUGUUUUAGCAUGCUGUGAUAGAGCACUAUGAUUAAAUCUUGCAAGGGUAUUUUUUUAACGAUUGUAAUAAUAUCCAUUCUAUUUCUAUGUGUUAAGAGAGUUUACAGUUAAGCUUGCAACAAGUAUUUCCUCAUACAUAAACUUAAACACAUUUUUUCAACAACAUUGAUAGCAAUGACAACAACAGUGAUAAUCAGUUUACUGUUGGUAUGUGUAUGUAUAUAUAAAAAAUAAUAUGUAAUGUAUAGUUAUGUUAUUGAUAAGAGUUAAAGACUGUAAUCAUUAGAUGCAUUUCUUAUUUUAGCUCAAAAUAAGAAAAAGCUAUGUCAUUUAGACACGUAAAAUCUAAAUAUCUGUCACAACAUUAUAUUAUUUAAUUUCAUAAUUUUGUGAUAUUUGCCAUGUAAAAGCUAUUUAAUGUACAAAUCUACUUUAGAUACAUAGAAACUAUUGUUGUAAUCUCUGAUCAAUGAUACUUACCUCAUAUCCAAAGAAAUUCUGGUCCUUUUAUGUUUUAAGUUAAAAUAAAAGCUCAGUGUGUUCUUCAUAUUGAUUGUUUUUAGGUAUUUUAGAUAAUAAAACUUUUGUUAUAAGAUUUAAUGUAGUAUUGUAUAUUUUUAAGUAUGAAUGAAUUAAAAAGACUAUCAUUGCUCAGCCUAA